GCUCUGGGUGUGGCGAGGAGUCCAGAGGCGUUGCUUUUCUCCAUUCAAGUGUAGCCUAAUGUUUGACGGGAAAAAACUCUCUCUGCUGAGUCUCGUAACUUUUGCCGUUUCGAAUGUCUGUGCGUAUUUUUAGCUUUUCCGGAAGGUGUUCGAGAAGAAAACGACUACAAGACCACCAUAACUCAAGUGCCGUUACGAGGGAGGACCGUAGCCUACAGGCACACGCUGCGUUACAUGAACCUGUGCCUCAGAUUUAUUUGGAUAUUGAAAAUCUGGAAGGAGUAGAGAUCAUGACUGAACAGGUGGAAUCGUUGCUUUGAGCUUUGCCAUUCUUUCUCUGUGCUCUGCAUCUCUCUCGGCAUUUCCCGUGUCUGCUCCGCUUGUCUUUUUGCUCUUCCCCCCUCAUUCCUCUCCUCCUCGGUCUCAGACAUGCGGCGCUUCAGCUCCGAGGGCUCUCUCCUGGACCUGGAUGCGUUGCCGUGGCGACGGGUGGCGUUGAAGAAGGCCGAGCAGGAACAGGUGGGCUAUGAUGUAGGCAGCUACACCCCGCACCUGGAGGAACCCGAGAGCUUGCCAGUGCCACCUGCCCCAGCCAUGAGCAAGGCACGAGGGCUGGUGAAGGAGCACAGCAUGAGCGUGGAGAACAUCACUGAGCUGGACAUAUCGGCCAGUGACCUGCAAUCUCCACUGAACGAGAGCUACCGCGCCUACAGCGACGGCCAGCUGGCACCAGACCAUGCGGGCAGCAGGGCAGUGGGCAUCGACACCCCGCCAUCCCCAUCUAGCGCCAAGUGCCACCCGCUCUCCACCAUGAGCCUCCACCCGCACCAUGCCAGGGCACGUCUCUCCGCGGCCAAACUUCACCUCAAGAGCCUCUUCUCCACGUCCCAGAGCCCGACCUCCUCACACUCCAACCUGGCAGCCGCCGAACAGAAGAACAGCGCCACCAGCACCAAGGAGAGGCGUUCGCGUCUGCCCUUCCUGAAGCAGUGGAGUCAGGUGGGCCACUCCAAGGGCCGAUUCAGCUGCAAGGAACUGGAGUCCUGGGCUCAGUCGCUUAGCAACCUGCUGUCCAGCCGCACGGGUCUGUCCGUGUUCGGCGCGUUCCUGCGCUCGGAGUUCAGCGAGGAGAAUCUGCAGUUCUACCUGGCGUGCGAGCAGUACCGCCACAGCUCCAACAACUUCAGCCUGCAGCGCCGGGCCCGCGACAUCAGCGCCACCUACAUCCAGCCGGGCGCACCGAGAGAGGUCAAUCUGGACAGUAAGACGCGUGAGCUGACUCUUGAGCUACUGCAGGCCCCCUCCCACACGUCGCUGUCCAUGGCCCAAAAGCGCAUCUACUCCCUGCUGGACACAGACUGCUACCCACGCUUCCUACAGUCACAGCUCUACAUGUCACUGCUGCAGGACGCUGACUAACUCUGUGUGAGUGUGUGUGUGUGUGUGUGUGUGUGUGUGUGUGUGUGAGAGAGAGAGUGUGAGUGAGUGUGUGAGAGUGACUGCAAGCACUGCUUCAUCUACCUCUCCCUGCAGCAGAAUGCCUAGUGGGUGAGGGUUGGGUCCAUGUGGACAAGAGACUACUGAUGAGUGAACAUUUGGCAUUAGUUGAACACUGGGAGGUCACUGGAACAGUUCAGUCCCAAGUGUGUGUGUGUGUGUGUGUGUGUGUUGGAACAGCGAGGAGCAUGUUUUGAAACCAUUACGGGUGCAGGGAGCCAACACCACCCCCUCCUCACCGAGGCCCCGUAGUGUGUGAGAUGCUGAAGACGGUCGGGGUGGACGCUCCGCGGACGCGCCGGAGGGACUCUGCACUCCCGGCACUAAUCAUUAAACAGAAUCACCAUGGCAGCGCCGCGGCUACGGUCGAGCGAGCAGAAGCUGAGGAGCGUGCUGACGGGACGGAAAAACACGUCAGGCGAGGACUCAGGGCUGCGUGGGAGGAGGAGUCAGCCAGGCACUAAAAGAAUCCAAACUUUUCCUGGAACACUCUCAAUCCGUGUUCUGCGAAAUUCCCCCCCCCACUGUCGUCUUCGAUUCCACAUUGUUCUGUACAGUUUCAAGGGUGCUGAAUUUGGCAGUGACCUGCUAGAGGAUAUGACCAAAACACACCACAGGAGCAAGACACCGGCUAUGGCAUUGUUCUUUUUAUCUUGGUUAGAGUAUUUUUUUCUGUGAGUGUUAACCAUGUGAAAGAUGAAAAAUGUAGAAAUAAAUGAUUUUUUUUUAAUAUAAAA